AUGAGAGAUUAUAAGGUUGUUGUUCUUGGUGCUGGUGGGGUUGGUAAAUCCUCAAUAACAGUACAAUUUGUUCAAGGUGUUUAUAUUGAAAGUUAUGAUCCAACUAUUGAAGAUUCAUAUAGAAAACAAAUUGAAGUUGAUGGAAGAGCUUGCGAUUUGGAAAUUUUAGAUACUGCUGGUGUUGCUCAAUUUACUGCAAUGAGAGAACUUUAUAUAAAAAGUGGGAAAGGUUUUCUUUUAGUUUAUUCAGUAACUGAUGAAAAUUCAUUAAAAGAACUAUUAGCAUUACGUGAACAAGUGUUAAGGAUUAAAGAUAGUGAGAAUGUACCUAUGGUUUUGGUUGGGAACAAAUGUGAUUUAGAUGAGGAUAGAGUACUUUCUAUUGAAGAUGGUGUUAAAGUUAGUCAAGAUUGGGGUUUGGUGCCAUUUUAUGAAACUAGUGCGAUGUAUAAAACUAACGUUGAUGAAGCGUUUGUCGAUGUUGUAAGACAAAUUAUGAGAAAAGAAGCUGCUAUUAGUGCCGAGAGAAAACAACAAAAGGAAAAACAAAAAUUAGAUCAACCAAAAAAUAGUAUAAUGAUGGAUAAUAAUAAAAAUGGAAUUAAUAAUGUCGAACCUGAAAAGGAACAACAGCAGCAGCAACAACAACAACAACAAAGAGUAAAUCAAUCUACUAAAAAUCAUUCAAAAUUAGGCUCUGGUAGUAAGUGUUGUGUGAUUAUGUAG